GUUUAAUCCUUUGCCCUUGCAGCCAAUAAAUUAUUAGCCGCUCCUUUGCCUCGUAGCCAACAGAGGAAGUUAAGAUUCCGCAUUUUCUCUGUUCUGUUUCUCAAAUCGCAAAAAGGAAAAUGCAAAAUUCACAUGUUCUAGUGCUACCAUUUCCAGCCCAAGGCCAUGCUAACCCCUUAAUGCACUUUGCUAUGAGAAUAGCCAACCUUGGAUCCAAAGUCACUUUUGUCAAUACAGACUUUAACCACAAUAGAGUGCUUAGUGCAAUGGCUGGCAGAAACGAACCUACAGGUUCAUGUGUUAAUUUGGUCUCAAUCCCAGAUGGGAUGGAUCCUGAGAAUGAUAGAACUGACUUGGGUAAGUUAUGCGAGGCCAUGUUGAUCACCAUGCCCAAAAAGCUUCAGGAUCUCAUAGAAGACAUCAACAAGAAUCAUCCCAUCACUUGUAUUGUAGUUGAUGGAACUAUGGGGUGGGCAAGAGAAGUUGCUGACAAAUUGGGGAUCCGAGUUGCAAUGUUCUGGCCUGCAUCAGCUGCCAUUUUUUGCCAGUUCGCCAACAUUCCUAAUCUUAUUCGAGAUGGAUAUAUCGACAGCGAUGGAUUUGCAAUCAAGAAACACAAGAUUCAAAUAUCCCCAAGCGGCCCUAUUUUUUACACUGAUAACUUGACAUGGAAAAUUGGCAACUCGUACAGUCAAAGGGCCCUUUUCAAAUAUAUUGAAGGAGCAAUGGAAGAUUCACAAUUGAUAGAAUGGCAGCUUUGCAACUCAUUUCAUGAACUUGAGGCUGAAGUAUUUUCUUCGGUUCCAAAGCUCCUCCCAAUUGGCCCAUUAUUAGCAGGCUACGAUACAGGGAAUUCAGGGGCACAGUUCUGGCCGGAGGACUCCUCGUGCCUAAAAUGGCUUGAUCAACAGCCUUCCCAGUCAGUGAUAUAUGUAGCAUUUGGCAGUUUCACCAUUUUUGACCAAUCUCAACUUCAAGAAUUGACACUUGGACUUAAACUGACAAACAAACCUUUUCUUUGGGUGGUUCGUCCAGGAACCAGUACCCAAGAAUCGAACCUAAAUGAAUUUGAAGACAGCCAUGGAAAAAUUAUCAGUUGGACUCCUCAGCAGAAGGUACUAAGCCAUCCUGCUAUUGCUUGUUUUGUAAGCCAUUGUGGCUGGAACUCUACCAUAGAAGGCGUGAGCAAUGGAAUCCCUUUCUUGUGUUGGCCUUACUUUGGUGACCAGUUUGUUAACAAGAGCUACAUUUGUGAUGUAUGGAAGAUUGGUUUGGGGUUAGAGAAGGAUGAAAAAGGAAUCAUAACAAAGGAGGAAUUUAAACAAAAGGUGGAGCUAUUGCUUGGGGAUAAAAUUAUAAGAAAAAAGGCCUUGGAGCUGAAGCAAAUUGCUGAAAAUAAUAUCGGAGAAGGUGGUCAGUCCUCCACAAAUUUUAGCAACUUCAUCAAGUGGGUGGAUGCCUAGGUUGGGGGAGAUGUCAUCUUUUCAAGGAGUCUCUGUGGAAGGACUAUUGGUUUAUCUCUCAUGGACUAUUGAACAAGCAUUUGAAUUAUGUAGUAUUUGUUGCUAUGCUAUGUUUGAGUGAAUCUUAUUUUAAUUUUGCUUUCAAUAUUAAUAAAUAAUUAAGCGAUAUUUUUAUUUAUUGAA